GCGGCCGCUCGCCCCUAGUGAUGUCUGCCACUUUGAACUUCCCCAGCCAGCCGGCGUCAGGUGACUCUCUUCAUCUUCCCACCUCUGCAGGCCUGUCAUACCUGGGGACAGACUUGAGUCCUCCUGAGAGCUACCAAAUGGCUGAUGUUCUCACAUCUUUCCCCGAUGACCGAAGCCAGAUCUCAGGGAGGGAAGGACUUGGCGUCUUGUGAUGUCCUCCAGUUCAGUGAUGGGUGGGAGGUCACACUUCACAAGCAAAGAGCAAUGAGUGGGCCCAAGUGUGGGGACUAUUUGUCCUGAUACCUGGGGGACACUAAGGACACAGGGAGAUCUAGGGUCAUGCAUUAAUGACCAUGGUUGCUGAAGUGCAGAGACCCACACAGACCUUGUUGAAGGCGUCCAACAAAACGCAGAGGGGCGACCUUACAAACUGUCAGCCACCUCUCAAUAGAAGCGAAUAUGUGUAUCUGUAAGUGAAGGUGACGUGUGAAGGAAACUGAUUGGCGUGGCCGUGAGGGCUGUUAGAGCUGCUCCUCAGGCAGGGCUCGCUUCCGAUUGCUGUAAGCACAUCUACUCUGUUUCAGAGGCUGCCUGGUUGGAAUCGGCCUAGAGGGUCACAUCAGUUUUGUCCGAUGCGAGGUCUUACUCUGUUUACAGAGCUUCGCGCUUGACCCCUACCGCGGCUGUAAUCAGCUAAGUUAAACAGCAGCUUCGCUCCCAGCCCAGAUCAUCUCUCUGCGUUUCAUUGUCCUGAUUACGAGUUUUUGCUCUCAGGAUGCAAACUUGGACAGAGAGAAACCUUCCCAAGCACUUCUUGUCCUGUUGCUCAUUGCCGUGGAUGGCCCUCUAGUGCUUCUGAGGGUUCAGAAAGCACGUCCUGCGAGGCUCUGGCGGGGAUGAUAAAGGGGCAGUGGGCGCCAGGCAGAGCAGGACUGGUUAAUUCCCGGAGCUGUUCCAGCUCUGGCACUGCCCCCGCCCCCCCCCCGAGAGGUUGGGCCACUGCUCCUGCAGGUGACAGCCAUCAUCCCAUUGAAUCCUCCCAACAAUUCUAUGGCACAGUUGAAGAGGGGGAGGCCUCGGACUUCUCACUGGCCUGGGAUUCCUCCGUGACAGCCUCAGGAGGCCUGGAAGGAGAGCCCGAGUGUGACCAGAAGGCCAGCCGGGCGCUGGAGGACAGGAACAGCGUGACAAGUCAAGAGGAGAGAAAUGAGGACGAUGAAGACAUGGAGGAUGAGUCUAUUUACACCUGCGAUCACUGUCAGCAGGACUUCGAGUCUCUGGCAGACCUGACGGACCACCGGGCCCACCGCUGUCCUGGAGGUACGCUAAACAGCGCCGGGCUCUGACAGGUGGUUACGCGGGUAAUUGGACAUAGCAACAGCUUGAAGCCUCAAGUGAGAUUAAAGAAUUAAUAAUGUAAUUUUA